CGCCCGUGGCCGACGGCGUCACAAUUUGAAUUUUUUACUCGCGAGGCAAAGCCGCUGAGUUUGAGGAGUUGGUGGGGAGGCUUCGUUCGGCUGUCCACCAUGGCGAGAAAGAGCGAGGUGCUCGCUUCGGAGUUGGUCGCCAGUCUCAACAACGCCAUGGUGAACCUUCGAGACAUUUGGGAGGACAUAGGAAUUCCCGAAGAACAGCGGCUGGAGCGGACACAAGUGGUGAAGAAGUACAUGGAGAGGCUGCUGAACGAGAUGAUCUCGGAGGAGGAGGCCUUGAAGGAUCGGUUGAUGAAGAGCGUCACCACUUGCAAGACGGAACUGCAGGGGCUUUGCUCCGACCUCUCUCUCCCGGCCUUCCAGCCGGACGAGAACCUGACGCUGCUGCAGCUGGAGAAGGACACGCGCACGCGCAUGGAGACGCUGGUGCGCGAGAAGCGGGAGCGCCUGCGCGAGCUGCAGAGCCUCGACGACGCCGAGGAGCGGCUGUGCGGCGUGCUGUGCGAGCGGCGCCCCCACCGGCCACCGACCUCCGGGCCCGUGCCUUCCAUCGAGCAGCUCGCGCUCCUGCGACAGGCGGUGUCGACGCUCGUCGCCGAGAAGGACCGGCGCCAGGAGCAGUUCACGCAGACGCGGCAGCAGAUCGUGAUGUGCAUGGCGCAGCUGGAGCGUUCGCCGGACUCGUCGUUUGAGCGCGACGUGGCGUGCGAGGACGAGGAGGAGUUCUGCCUCUCCAAGGACAACAUCUUGAGCCUCCAGACGCUCCUCGCCCAGCUGGAGCGCGAGUGUGCUCUGAACGACGAGGUGUGCUCCGAGCUGCGUGGCGAGGUGGGGAGGCUGUGGGACCGCCUGAACGUGGAGCAGGGCGAGCGGGACGCCUUCACUGCCUGCAUUCACAACAGCAAGCCCUCCGACAUGGACAAGCUUAAGCAGGAGCUGUCGCGCCUCGUGGAGCUGAAGAGGCAGAACGUGCGCACGGUGCUGGCGGGCGUGCGCACGGAGAUCGCCGCACUCUGGGAGAAGUGCUACGUCAGCGAGGAGGAGCAGCGAGCGUUCACCCUCUACCACAGCGACGACGCGACGGAGGAGCUGCUGGUUGAGCACGAGGAGGAGGCGAACCGGCUGCGGGGUCACCACGAGCAGCACCAAGCCCUCUACGACGGCGUGCGCCGCUGGGACGCCGCCUGGCAGCAGUACCUGGAGUUCGAGCGGCGAGCCGCAGACCCCAACCGCUUCUCGAACCGCGGGGGCAGCCUGCUGCGCGAGGAGAAACAGAGGGCCCACCUGCAGAAGGGGCUGCCCAAGCUGGAGGAGGAUCUGAAGGCCCAGAUUGCCGUGUGGGAGGAGCAGGCCGGGCGGCGGUUCCAGGUGGCGGGCCGGCCCCUGCUGGACUACAUCGCGGCGCAGUGGGAAGCUCUCAAGCAGGAGCGCGAGCGGGAGAAGAUUGAGAGGCAGGUGAAGAAGGUGCGCACCCUGGAGGAGGAGAUGGCGUACGGGAGCCAGCCCAAGACGCCCUCGAAGCGCCGCUUCUGUGGAACCAACACCCCCAACAAGACGCGCAGGAUGAACGCCACCACCGUUGCGCCGAUGGGCAUCAACUCCACACUGUUCCGCUCGGCCGCAAGCGGCACCAUGUGCAACUCCCCGGGAGCCGCCAACGGCAAACCCUCCACCUCGGAGCGCAAGACCCCUGGUCGCACGUGCGGGCGCCCCCCGCGCCCCCCACUUGCGGAGCACAACUCGAGGACCCCGAGCAGGGCGCCAACCCCCACGUCCUCGCUCAAAUGCGUCGCGUCCUACUCGGAGUUCACGAGGGACCUGUCGCAGGCUCGUGGAAUCAACUUCCACGAGAAUAUCCUCAACUCGACAGUCACGUCGCUGGGCAAGCACUGACGGGGGUGAGCGCGCUCGCCUGCACGCACCCCACACAACAACAACAACACAGAUCCCCCUGUAGCCUGAACAGACUGUUGGGGCAAGCGCUGUUUAGCGAGCACCUAUGAAGGCCGGCACGGCGCACGAGGCGGUGGGUGGCCAGCACCACGCCCUUGUCGCCUUUGUCUCCCCGGUGGCGAUGUCUACAUAGAAUACGCACAACAUACGCCGUGCAAAAGAGUUGAGUUUUUUUUACCGAAUAAAAAAAAAAUGUCUCUCUGUUUUGUCUGCUAACCAACCCUGCCCUACAAGAACGUGUACGCGCACACACGUACCCACGCACACACGUACCCACGCACCCACGUACACAUGCACCCAUGCACACACGUACCCACGCACACACGUACCCCCGUACACACGUACCCACGCACCCACGUACCCACGCACACACGUACCCACGCACACACGUACCCACGCACACACGUACCCACGCACACACGUACCCACGCACCCACGUACACAUGCACCCACGCACACACGUACCCACGCACCCAUGCACCCACGUACCCAUGCACACACGUACCCACGCACACACGUACCCACGUACACACGUACCUAUGCACACACGUACCCACAUGCACACACGCACACCCACGCACACACACAAUGCGUCUGUCACUGUUGCCGCCAUUUCACCGACUGCGUGUGCCGUGUUGCGUUGCAGUGGGGGUCACUGCCGGUGCGAGCGAGAGAGGCGUUUGGCCAAGCAGCUGCAAUUGCCGCCGGCGCGCUGUUUGCGCUCGCCACGGCCUUAAACCGUUUAAAAGUCCGCUUCCACGUCACGUUCAUACGCUGCCUGCACACACACCAAUGAGCUUCUGUAGUUUCGAUGUAUAUAAAACGAGCGUGCGUGCGUCACUUUCGGACCCUCGACAAUUGUGUUCUGAUGGGGGUUUUUUAUUUUUCAUUAGCGUAGUGGGGUGGUGGUAGGGGGGGUAUAGGCGAUAAUUGUGAGAGGAACUGGGAGAUACGAGUGCUGGCCUGUAAUUUUAUCGAGCGUCUUGUCUGUUGUUGUAAGCUAAGUGUGUGUGCGUGUUGCACGCCCAUGGGGGAGCGGUGGCGUGGCGGUUAGCACCACGGCGCUGCGCUACGAACCCGGCCACCCGAGUUCUAUUCCCGCUUGCGGCCAACACCGGUGACGAUCAUCCGAACCAGCAGCGGGCCUCCCCUAGGUCGACUCGGCCUCAAAUGAGUACCUGGUGUUGCGGUGUGUAAACAUCGCCACUGGGGAGACAAAGGCGGCCGGGCGUGGUGUUGGCCACCCACCCCCUCGCGUGCCACAGUGCCGGCUUUCAUUAGGUGCUCGCUAACAGCACUUGCCCCAACAGUCUGUUAAGGCUACAUGGUGGGGUGGGUGAUCUUUAGCUUUGUUUUCAUGCCCAUGCAUGCACGGAGGUCUAUUGUAUCUGAAGUCCCAGCUGCGAUCAGCUGGGGGUGUGUGUGUCUCUGCCGUUUAAAGAAAAAAAGGUAAUUCGCCGAUGUGCGGUAGCACGGCAGCGUUUACGGCCUGCAAAGCCGUGGCUGGUGUCCAGACAAACACGGAGCCACGGUGGAGGGAGUUUGGGAAGUGACGUGUGGACAGCCACACCCGAGAAUCUUGAACCUGUUGGUUGACCCCAUAUCCGUCCUCGGGUGCGUAUUCGAGCAUAUUUCACGUCAGGGUCUGGCAUGGCAUUGAAUCGUAAUUAGAAAUCUCUAUUUAUUCUGGAGGAAUCUGGUGAGCUUGAAGCUCUUUAGGAGGCGGGCCAAAAACCUUGAGCUUGGGUUUUUGUUGUUGUGGAAUUGAGAUGGAAGGCUGCGACCACACACACACGCACCACCUGUGUCGGCUACGCUUGGAUGUUGGCGUCUGUACGUGCGUGUGCUUUGCGUGCGUGUGUCCAAUGGGACAGCCGGCGGAGAAGUAAUAUAAUGUUUGAACUUGACGCCUAAAACUUAAGCUCGGUACGGACAUGAGUGUUGCAAAAAAAAGGGCUCGUGUUUCACUUGACAGAAGAAGAAAAAUGUAUAUUAAGGCACCUUGAAGAUAUAGUUUAAAAAUGAUAAAUAAAUAGCGCUGGCUAUGUUUCUAAUGAGCUUUUCCUUGGAAUUAAAUGACCAUUAAUCCGCCGAUCGCAGUCGUCUGAUGGAUCAGUGUAUCUUCGUAGCAUUCCCUUAGAACAUGAGACACUGCCGCACACCCGGCUUUGGCUUGAUAGCCUCUCAUCAACAGGCCACCGUGGGUCUUUGACGCGUGGGGUCGCGGGUCCGCAAAGGUCCGACGGACGUUGCCGGUCGCAAGCGGAUUCGCGGCGCGUUUAAAAGUCCGAUGUUUGAGUGCUUUAGUUGGGUCAGCGUUUUUUAACACUACGGCAAUUCCUGCUUUAAGAAUGUAUAUCCUGUGAUGUUUGCAAUAAUUUCUCAUUACGUUUUUAGUGACGGUGCAUUUGUACAAACAAAAAAUAAACUGGACCCUUUUUAAAGUGUCAAAUAUGUCA